AUGGGAUCAAUUGCUAUUGACACUGGCUUCAUACCCCCAACGACUCAGCGUGCAAUAAUUGCAGAGACGGGAGACCGCGUAUGCAUUCGCGAAGAUACCCCUUUGGCUCCGCUGCGAAGCGAUGAAUUCCUGGUCCGCACCGAGGCCUUGUCCCUUAAUCCCAGCGACACCAAGAUGCGCGGUGACUUCGUCACUCCAGGUGCCAUGCUCGGCUGCGACUACGCGGGCACCGUUGUUGCUCGCGGAUCCGCCGUCACCGGCGUCGAGAUUGGCGACCGAGUGUGCGGCGCCCAGUACGAAAUGAACGCCAAGAGACCAUUUCGUGCUGCGUUUGGAGAGUACAACAUUCCCACCGGCCCUUUCUGGAUGAAGCUGCCUGAUUCAAUCACCACCGAAGGCGGUGCCACGUACAGCGCUGCCAUCGGCACGGCAGGUCUAGCUCUGAAACUUCUCGAGCUGCCGCUUCCAGAUGCCCCCGUGCAGAAGCCGGGGCACGUUCUCGUGUACGGCGGCGGUACCGCAACGGCGACCAUUGCCAUACAGCUGCUCAAACUCGUCAACAUGAUACCAAUCACAGCCUGCUCACCCGUGCACACCGAACGGCUUAAAUCUUAUGGCGCCGAGGCAACCUUUGACUAUCAUGAACCAGAUUGCGCUGGUCAGAUAAAAUCCUAUACCAGAAAUAAUCUCCGCUACGCGCUCGAUUGCAUCACAACAGUCGAAUCAACCGCCCUCUGUUUUGCGGCCCUGGGUCGGGCAGGAGGCAAAUACGUCUCCCUUGAUCCCUUCGAACAGAGUGUCGCCACGCGCAAAGUUGUCAAGACGGACUGGACUUUAGGACCUUCGCUUUUUGGGGAGGGAUGCGUGUGGCCGGAACCAUACGCACGGCCACCGAGCAAGGAGCUUCUACAGUACGGGGAGAGGUUGUGGGCGGUGGCGCAACGGUUGCUUGAUGAGGGAUGCUUGAAACAUCACCCUGUUAGGCUACUGAAAGGUGGAUUGGAGCAGGUGCUGGUGGGGAUGGAGAUGGUGAGGAGGGGGGAUCUCAAGGGGGAGAAGUGCGUUGUGAAGUUAGCCCGGUAG